AGUCCUAGGAAAUUUCCGCAAACUCAUUAUAUAUAUGUUACAUGAUACCCUAUCGCGAUUAAUACAAUAGGUGUAUUACAGUUAAUCCUCUCCGAAUUGAGCCGUGCGAUAAUACUUAACUUUGCCGAAACAAUUGGCCAGAUAAGAAGACCGCUACCAUUCGGUGCACUCUUGUACGAUUCACGCCAGAUAGCAUGCGCAAGGUGAAUCCGCACGAGGGGGUUAAUUGUAACGAACGUGGUUGCCGGAGGUGUGCAUUCGUUACCGGAAGACUGUUACGUCUGGUAUUGUUCCAAAAUUCGAGUAGUUAGAAUAAAUCGUGAUUAUAUUAUAAUUAUAAUAAGGAUAUGAUGUUGAAGUUAUGGAAAAGGCAGUUUGCCAGGCAUAGGUUUUUAAUGCAAUUUCAUGAUCCUCAAAUAUUUUUUAAAUCUCAGUGGCAAAAAGAUGAUAGGCCGAGUUUGUUAUAUAUAUUGUAUCGAUGGUUACUGACAGCAUUCCUAUUUGGCACCUGGCUACUCUCUGUGAUAGAUCCAAAACAUUUAGAUAAAAGUAUUCAUUUUCGCGCGAAAUGGAUGAUUUAUUUGACUAAUUGGGGUUACUCAUUGUGCUUCCUUCAAUCACUUCUAUGCGCUCUAACCCUGACAAUCUGGUACUGUCAAUUUAAAAGAUUUGGGGGUAGUGUAUGGACUUCUGCUACUUAUAGGAUGUAUUGGGUUAUGAAUAUAAUUGCAACUGAUGUUGCAUUUGGUAUAACCGUCCUUUAUUGGGCUUUAUUAUAUGAUGAAACCAAAAUGGAAGUUGAUGCUCAAAACAUAUUUGUACAUGGUACCAACUCGCUUGUAAUGUUAAUCGACUUAUUUGUAGUCGCACAUCCUUUGUACCUUGUACAAUGUUAUUGGUCUGUGUUAUUUGGCAUAGUAUAUAUCGUAUUCAGUAUUAUUUACCAUCUUUGUGGUGGAACUUCAAGGAAUGAAGAGCCAUUUAUUUAUCCAGUAUUAGAUUGGGGAAAACCAGGGAAAACUACCAUAGUAUGCGUUUUGGUAUUAGUGUUCUUAAUCGUGCUACACAUAUUUUCGUGUUGCAUACAAUUAUUCAGGAGUCAUAUAGAUAAGAAGCUUCGGAAGAAAUCGUACACGGCGGAAGUAACAAAGCCGCCUAUUAACGGAUUUGAUAACGUCGCAUCCAAUGAUAUUGUUUAAAAUUGGUGAUUUUCUUGUGAUCGCAUAGAAGCUGUUACCACUGCUAUAGUUAUUUAUCAAGUUCCUUUGGCUAAUGCGCGCAGAAAAAAGACCAAAUAACUUCUUUUUUUUACUUUUUACGAUUUGUUAAUAAAAUAAACUUUGUAGAGAAGAAAUUUCAUUUUUAUUCCCACAUUCCCAGUGGAAUAGAGAAAUAAGGACCUUUUAAAACAAUCGUAUUUAGAUUGACAUUUAAUUAUAACCCGUGGGUACGUGAACGUAAGGACCCUCCACGAACAAAGUAAAUAAUAAGCGUCGAAUUACGACGCAAUACGUCGACGGUGUUCCCAGGAAUCGUAAAAUAUCAAAUUUCAUUACUCCCGCGGCCAGCGCAACCAAUGGGGCGCUAAGGAUCGGUUCGUUCACCUGCGGGCGCGUCUUCUUUUUCGGGUCCCAAACUCAAAUAAGCCGUUUGAUACGGAAUUUAUGCGCUCUGCCAUCCGCUUGCUUGGCAACGCCGCGGUGGACCAAGAAUUCUCCUUGGCUUGUUAAUUGCUUGCGAGACCGAUGCAAAUGGUUUAUGAGAGCGUGGCGGCGGCGGUGUGCUCUACGGAU